AUGAAGCUCGCUGCACUCUCCACUAUUGCAUUAACUAUUUUACCCGUUGCCUUGGCUGGCUAUGCUCCACCCGAUGAUUGGUCGACCCUUACUGCCAAAGGAGUGUACCCAGGUGCCUUCUCAUCCUAUUCUAAUACAUUCGGUAUAAUAGUUGAACCUUUGACGAGCUCAGUGAUUUUAACUCCUGCUACUACGACUCAUGUUGUUUCACAGAUUGAUGACGGUCAAAUUCAGCACACUAAUACAGCCUAUGUAGGUACAGCUCACCAAGUUGUGUCUCAGAUUGGUGACGGGCAGAUUCAGGCUACGGCUUCUGCUGUCCCAUUGCCUACUGAGCUUGCUUCUCAAAUUGCUGAUGGACAAAUCCAAGCAACUACUCCUGCUGGAGCUCCCGCCACUCCAGCUUCUCAGAUACAAGACGGUCAGGUUCAAGCUACUUCUUCGGCUGAUGCUCACCCUACUGCACACUCACAAGCUGAAGACAUUGGGGCCCAUUCUUUAAGCAGCACUGGUUUGAUUCCUGGUACAUUGACUACUGUCUUGACUUCAACUGGAAGUGACACCACACUGACCCUUGUAACUGUCGAGACUGAAGUUGUCACUUACACACCAGAAGUUACAGUUACUGUGAAUCGGAAUGCUGCCAAAGUGAAGAGGGAUAACAUUGAAUCUGCUUGCUUAACCCCACAGGCCCUUGGCCUAACCCUAAAGGAUUCUGUUUUAUUAGAUCUCCAAGGCAGAGUCGGCUCCAUCGUCGCCAAUAGACAAUUCCAAUUCGAUGGACCUCCUCCGCAAGCCGGUACUAUUUAUGCUGUUGGUUGGUCCAUUACGCCUAAUGGAUAUCUGGCAUUAGGUGACUCAGAAGUCUUCUAUCAAUGCCUGUCUGGUUCGUUUUACAAUCUAUAUGAUCAGCACAUUGCUGAGCAGUGUGAAGCUGUCCACUUGAAGGCUGUUGAUCUCAUUUCAUGUUAG